AUUUCCUUGCAGGUUCUGCUCAAACAGCACACUCCUGUGUUUGUGAAAAGAAAACUUUGAAAGCUCAAUUUGUUACCAAGGUUGCUCUGUGAAUCCGAGGUUCCAAACUCUGCCACUAACUUUAAUGGCAACUGGGGUAUUCAUUAAUAAACCCCCUUCACUUCCUCCGUACCCCGAGAUGAUUUUGGAGGCAAUUGAAGCACUGAAUGAAGACAAUGGUUCUAAUAAAUCAUCAAUUUCGAAGUACAUAGAAUCUACCUACGGUGGAUUACCUCAGGGCCACAAGGUUUUGCUCAAUGUGCACCUCGCGAAAAUGAGGGACAGUGGAGUGUUAGUGUUUUGGAAGAACAACUACACCAAGCGUGACCCAAAGGCGCCGCCAAGGCGUGGCCGUGGCAGGCCACCCAAGCCCAAGGAGCCUCUGCCACCGGGCACUGUCUUGUCACCGCCCAGGCCCAAGGGCCGUCCUCCGAAGGACCCGAAUGACCCAGGGAAGCCACCUAAGGCCUUGACAGAAAGUGGCAGGCCCAGAGGCCGGCCCAGGAAGAUGACCCGGCCCACUGGUGGACUAGGCGAAGCAUUGCCAGCCUCCAAGGUGAAGGCUGCCACCAGUGGGAGGCCUAGAGGUAGACCUCCCAAAGUGAAGCCCGUGUUUACUGAAAUAAGUGCUUAACAAUAAAGCCCAGCUCAUUAUGGGUUUUAGGGCUUGCAUGGAUAGGGAAGUUUUGUUUCUACAAAAAGUGGGAGUGGGUAACAGUUGUGUGUUGAGUAGAUAUUCUUCUCUUGUGUGUUACACUUAGCUGAAUUGUUGUGCACAAUCGUGUAGUUUAUUUGUUGAGGCUUUGGUCGUUUGUAAAUUGUAAUUGUGAAAAUAGGACAAUGGUUAGAACUAAUGGACGCAAUCUCUCAAAUUCUUCAUGUGAAGAGUCUGUGUUAUUCACCAAAUUGAUUCGAGUCAAAAUCUUUAUAUGUUAUAGUGUUGCUUGCA